UUAGAUUUGCAUCCGCUAUCCUCGUAGUCUUAUCCAGUUCUCUGGCGAUGGCGAUGGCGAUGGAGACGGCGACGGGUUUCUCUGGCGACGGCGACGGCGACGGGUUGAGGGCUACGGGGACGCCGCGGCGAGGAGGGGCAGGUGCUGCGGAGACGGCGCGGCGAGGUGGGGCAGUGGCGGUUGUGCGGCGAGGCGGGGCAGGUGCUGCGGAGACGUCGCGCGGCGAGGCGGGGCAGUGGCGUCGCGGGCGAGGAUGGAGGACGCCGGAGCAGAGGACGACAGCUCCCGCCGUCGCUUCUGUCCGCGCACGCCCGCGUGCUCGCCUCCGUCCGCGCCUGCGCCGGAGCGCUGCUUUCUGCGCGCGCCCGCGUGCUCGCCUCCGUCCGCGCCCUUCAGCUCGCCUCUGCCCGCCACGCCCUUCAGCUCGCCUCCGUCCGCGUCCUGCCGCGUCCCAACCGCGCCGGGAGACCGCCUCUGCCUGCCGCGCUUGCCUUUGCUCAUGCCCUGCCGGACGGAAAGAGAAGGGAGAGGUGAGGUGCGGCGGUGUCCUGCUGCUGCUCGCUGGUGGCAUUCCGGCCAUAGGCGCGAGGUGGGGGCUCUGUCCGGCGGUUUCCCAGGACAUCUACUACCGGAAGGCCAAGGAGGAGGGGUGGAGGGCUCGCAACGCCUUCAAGCUCAUGCAGAUCGACCAGGAGUUCAACAUCUUCCACGGAGUGAAGCGUGCCGUUGACCUGUGCGCUGCUCCUGGGAGCUGGAGCCAGAUUUUGAGCCGCAAUUUCUUUGUAUCUACCGGCAAAGCUAUCAUCUAACGUAGCAGCACAUGGUGGCCGGAAUUGAUCUGCAACCGAUGGCUCCAAUAGAAGGUGUUAUACAAGUGCAGGGCGACAUCACCAAUGCUCGGGCAGGGGAAGUGGUGAGAUGGAUAGAUCAACGCAUAGACCAAUGCUCGGGCAGGGCGACAUCACCAAUACUUUUGCUUGUAUUGCUGUAACAGAUGUACAUAUGCUGCCAGGUUAUCAGGGACUUUGAUGGAUGUAAAGCAGACUUGGUUGUGUGUGAUGCCGCCCCUGAUGGUAAGCUUGCAUUGCUAGACAAGGGGUCCAUAACCAUCUUACAUGUGUUUAUGGUACUUCUGUUUCUUACUUUGCUUUGGAUGAUUGAAGUUACUGGACUUCAUGAUAUGGACGAGUUUGUUCAAUCUUCAGUCCUAGCUUAUAUUGGCAGUUGGUAUAAUUUUCUCUGUCUCUGCAUAUCAAUUUAGAUCAGAUAUACUUUCUGGAAGUAAUUUGCAGUAUCCAUAAGAUGCGGUGUCCAAAAAUAAUGCUACCUUAACCCUGAAGUUUAUGUUUAGCAUUCUGCCUUAAAAUGUUCACUUUCGGUGCAAUAGCUUCUUUGUAUUUUUUAUAUUGAACAUUGGACCAUUUUUACUCAACCUUUGGAUAAUUCGUUGCUGAUUAUGUUGUAGAACAACCUGGUGUAACUAUGGUUUCACUAACUUGUUAUAUUUUCCACUAUUAUCCUUCCUGCUUCCAUCUACCUUGCUGCCCCAUCUCCCCUCUACCAAAUCCCAACCUCAUGGUGGAUUCAUCUACAUGUAGUUAAUAUCCUAGCGCUGAACUACCCAGCUGCACAUGACUUGUUAUGGACCAUUUGUUAUUCUUCAGGAAUCCAUACCUCCGGCAGUUCUCCUGGAGACCAUCCACCCGAAGUUCAUCUCUCUACCAUUCGCUUUGUUCAGUACUUUUAAAUACUCUUAUCAUGUUCUUUUCAGCGGUUAGAGCCCACAACUAAGAUAUGUUUGCUUCGCACUAAUGUUUGUAAUCCGCCUAUAUGGUUCCUUAUUUUAUCAUGUCCACGUUUAUAAUUCUCUGGUGCAGUAGAGCUGACCGAUAUUAGAUGUUAACCUUUUUUUGAGCCAAACCUUCCAGUAUUGUACUAAUUAUAUGUGCUCUUUGGUGCAGCGCUCACUGAACACAUUGAUAUGUAAGUCAAUUCUAACAAAUAACUCUUUGCUUUUUCGUGGUGGCGCAAAUACAUCAGAUUUAUCAUCACCUAGAACCGAACAUUGGAUUCUUUUUGCCUUCAUGUCAACACUACCGCAAAUGACGAUGAUACUGCAUAGUUAUCCAGUUAGUUUUGUGAGAACUAAUAUGAUAACUACUGGAACUAAUAGGAUAAACUAUAGUAGUACUGUUGCAUUGGAAUACAUGAUUCUCUGGUUGGUACUAGGCAUGAUGCUUGCAUUCAAUAUCUAGAAUCCUGCACCACAAACCAUAUGUUUGUGAUCCCUAUAUAUGGUGUUCCAGUGGUGAAACCUGGAGCAUAUACUAUAUGCACAUAUAUUUUUGUUAUACAUCAGGCAUACAUUGGAUGGACGAGUCGUACAAAUAAGAGUCAAUCUGAUUAUGGUUUAGUUACAUAUACUUUUUUGUUUUCUUUUGGUGUGUAGUCAUCUCUUAUAGUGAUCACAAAUUAGUACAUAUAAAUUCAAUUUUAUGAUCACGGUUAAAAUGAACAAGGUUCCUGCUCUAUGGUAUUUAUGGUUUGUGAUAUGUAACAGUGAGCUGCACUAUUUUUUUCCAUCCUGUUAGCAAAGCAUCAUUUUUGUUUUCGAGAAGAUUUGAUGAUAGUGCAACUUAUAAACUUACUCCAGAAUGGACCGAUGUUAAUAAUUCUUUUGUUAGAUAUUGGUCAAUAGAUUUCAUGAUUUGACUCCCUUGAUAUUUUAAGUUGCUUCAGUUUGGGUUGCACACAGUACAAGCUUCACUGUAUAUUCAGAUGUACAGGAUGGGAGACGUGCAUAUCAUGCUGGUUUUCUACUCUACAAUUUUGCGCAGCCAUGGUGUCAAUUUUGAACUGGCAUUAGACUGGACUGUAAGAUGUUUUAAUGCAUGUGAACAUGGCCUAAUUUAUUAAUAAAGAGAACUAUAUAUGGUA